AUGACAUUGGCAGGAAAAGGCUACAUUGUAACGGGGGCUUCUCGGGAAUCGGCCUGGCAGUUGUCGAGAAGCUCCUUGCCCGCGGAGCAUCCGUCCGGCUUGGUCCACUUCCACUGCGGUGUUGAUGUCAGCUCUCGAGGACAAGUCACCAAGACGUUUGACGCCAUCCUCACCCACGGCCUGGAGAACCAUGGGCUGGCCAACAGUGCCGGAAUUGCCCCGGACAAUCUGCACGCACUAAACCAUCGACCCGAGCCCGAUGAGAUAUUUUGUCGUGUCCUUGAGGUCAAUCUUUACGGCACCUGGUAUGUCGGCAGCGCAUAUCUAAACAACCUGCUGCAUCACCUUUCCCGAGGAGACUGCCACCCCGGCAGAAGCAUCGUGAAUCUGGCGUCCGCCUCAGUCCUCCGCACCGAGCCCGGGAUGGCAUCAUACAAUACCAGUAAACAUGCGGUCGUGGGACUGACCAUGUCGUGGGCCAAGGACUUUGUUGGACGCGGCGACCGCGUCAACUGCGUGGCCCCUAGCAUGACGGAUACCCCGUUGGUUCGACAGGCGACCCUUCCACCGGGGCUGAUGUAA